AUGCCCACCAUCACCACCAGUGCCUCGCCAGAAAUCUCACUCUCACCACCACCACCUGACUCGCCGAUCUCAAGGAAAUCGAACUUACGAGCCAGAGUCACCUUUACUGCCACCACCACCAAUGAUCAUAACAACAACAAUAAUAAACAUUCUGCUCCACCUGGAUCCCUCAUCUCUCCCGCCUCUUCCCUCGGUUUCUCCUCGCACUCUAACCCGACCAGUCCGCUCCAGUCGCCGUCCAACUUCUCAGAUUCUGAUGAAUUCAAACAUGGAAGAGGUCGAUCUAGUAGUCUCUUGAGCGUCCACGAAGUUCAAGAUAAUUACGAUGACCAACUCGAUCAAGGUGUGGGUCCGAAUCUUAACGUUGAUUGGGUAGAUUAUAAAGGUGCAUGGAUGAUCCAUCUAGUCUUGAUCUUCUCAGGAAAGAUUCUAGUGGACAUCAUUCCGGGAAUCACUCAAGAUGUUAGCUGGACAACAGUCAACAUCUGUUACGAUGUCGGGACCUACAUCAUGUUCCAUUAUAUCACUGGCACCCCAUUUGAAUCUUCGGGUGGAGUCUACGAUCGAUUGACGAUGUGGGAACAGAUCGACAUGGGUGCUCAUUACACUCCUACCAAGAAGUGGCUCACCAUCUUACCAAUCGCACUAUUUUUGCUCUGUACCCCAUACACUCAUCUGGACCUUCACCCGUCCUUAUUCACCCUGAACUUCACCUGCACGUUCUGCAUGGCGCUAUUACCGAAGGCUACCGAUCUUCCAUCGUCUAAGGGUUCCGCUUCCUAG